AUGGAAUGCUGAAAGCGAGGAUGCAAAAAUAAAGUCAAAGUUUUCUGCAAAUGUGUGGAACCUACCCUCUACUCUUGCAAAAUCCAUGCUUCUAAGCAUGCUCAAGCUCCUUCUAUUGUAGAGCACAAGCUUGAACCCUUAGAAUUAAAGCCAAAUCAAGAAUAUAAAGAGGCCCUAAUUGAAGAGCUGCAUAAAUUAUCAAAAGAAUUGCUUGAUAUAUAG